AUGGCUCCGUUCUUCAGAUCACAGGAGUCAGACGACUUCAAAUCCACCUCGCUUGGUGAUGACCAUUACGUGAUAAACCUGGAUGAUUCAGAUUUUGUAGAACAUGAAGACAACAAGUUGGAAUUAAAGAGAGGCUUGAAGGAUCGUCACAUCUCCUUGCUUGCUUUGGCAGGAAUUAUUGGUCCUGGUAUUUUGGUGGGUGCUGCUUUGCCUGUUUCUAAUGGUCCUUUGAGUUUAAUCUUAGGUUUUGGAAUUAUUGGCUUGAUUGCUUUCUCUAUGAUUCAGAGUUUGGGAGAGUUGGCUACGCUUUAUCCGCUGGGAAGCGUAUUCUCCACCCUUGGAAACAGAUUGUUUGACCGUGCUCUCGGAGGUACUGUAGGCUGGAACUAUGCUAUCAUCUGGAUUGCUGUUUUGGCCAACGAGUACAACACCGUGGCUGCGAUUAUGAGAUUUUGGGGGCCUCAAGUGCCUUUGUAUGGCUAUGUGUUGAUCUUUUGGGGAGCGUUUUUGGCAUUCCAGUUUUUGGGUGUUGCGACAUUUGGUGAAGCUGAGUACUGGCUCGCAUUGAUGAAGAUCGUGGGAAUUUUGGCUUUCUACAUCUUCUCUAUUGUGUAUGUGUCUGGUGGUAUCAAGGGACAGAAAGCUUUUGGUUUUCAUUACUGGAAUGACCCUGGUAUGUUGGCUAAUGGCUUCAAGUCUGUGGUCAGCACAUUCGUGUUUGCUUCAACAUUUUAUUCGGGCACAGAAUCUGUCGCCAUUGCUGCCAGUGAGACUAGAAACCCAUCGAAGGCCAUUCCAACCGCUGUUAGACAGACCUUUAUCCGUAUUUUGUUCAUUUACAUGGGUCUUGCGCUUUUCUACGGUUUGACUGUCCCAUACAACUCGGACGACUUGACAGAAGGCAACAAGACAUUGAAAUCGCCUAUGACAGUGGCUAUUAAGAAUGCAGGCUGGGAGGGUGGUGCCCAUUUGAUCAAUGCGUUCAUUCUUUUGACAUGUGUAUCUGCUAUCAACAGUUCUAUCUACAUUGGAUCUCGAACCAUCGUGCACUUGGCAAACGAGGGUUCUGCGCCUCGAUUCCUUAAUAAAGUCAACAAGCAGGGAGUUCCAUACUUGGCUGUGAUUCUCUUCAAUGCGUUUGGACUUCUUUCACUCAUGAAUAUCAGCACAGGUGCUGCCAAUGCUUAUCAAUACAUUGUGAACUUGUCUGGAGUGGCCGUCUUCAUUGUGUGGGGUGCCAUCAACGUGUACCAUAUCCGGUUCAGACAAGCCUGGAGGUUCCACGGUCGGUCGGUGAGUUCCCUCCCAUACAAGGGAUUGUGGUAUCCAUACUUGCCAAUUUUUGGUAUCGUCAUUAAUGUGUUUCUUGCCUUGAUCCAAGGAUGGUCGACCUUCAAGCCGUUCUCUGCCAAGGAUUUUGUGGACGCUUACAUUCUUCUUCCGUUUUUCUUUGUUCUAUUCGGAUUUCUUAAGUUGGUGAAUCGGACGAAAUGGAUAAGGUUGGAAGAGAUUGAUCUUGACGAGGGUCGCAGAAAGGAUUUGGAUCCACAUUGA